UAAGAUCCAAACAAGCAAAUCUCUCAUUUCAAUCCUUCGAAAGAAAGAUGAAGGGUCUUGGAGGAGUAGUCCUUAUGUUCAUGUUGCUCAACUUAACAAUUAGUUGUUAUGGUCAGUUGCGACCAGGGUUUUACCUUGGAAAAUGUAAGCGAGGAAACGAAUUCUUUAACGUUGAGGCUAUCAUCAGAGGCGUUGUAGAAGCCGAAUUUAGGGAGUCGCGUGACGGCCCUAAAAUGGCUGCUGCACUCCUUCGCUUGCAGUUUCACGAUUGUUUCGUAACAGGAUGUGAUGCAUCGCUGCUCCUAGAUGGCCCUGACAGUGAGAAAAAGGCAGAUGCCAACGGUAGCGUGAGAGGUUACGAUGUUAUCGACAAAGUAAAAGCUGCCCUUGAGAUUGCUUGCCCUGGAGUCGUCUCAUGUUCCGAUAUCAUCGCCGUAGCUACCAGAGAUGCCGUCAAAUUGUCUAAAGGACUGAGCUACAGAGUGGAGACGGGAAGAAGGGAUACUGUCUUCGUUUCUAAAAAGGGAGAUGUGAAUCUUCCAAGCCCUUCAAUUACCGUCAAGGAUUCUGUUAAAUUAUUCGAAUCAAAAGGAAUUAACAAGGCUGACAUGGUUUUGCUCCUUGCUGCUCAUACGGUCGGAAUCACACAUUGUGCCCAAGUCCACGGCAGACUCUACAAUUUCAGAAACAAAGGCAAAAGAGACCCAACCAUGGGUGAUGACCUCUUCAACUCAUGGUCGAAGACAUGUCCCCGAAACGGUGGUCCUAAUAAGGAAAUAGCACUAGACCAGACACCUAACAGUAUCAAUGUCGUGGAUACCGGUUACCUCAAACAAAUCAAAGUACAAAGAGGAGUUCUUGAAAUCGAUCAAGGACUAGGGUUAGCCCCAGAGACUGCUGAGAUCGUCCGAUCUUACGCCGACGGUCCCUUGAGCAAAUUCUUUCUGUCCCAUUUUGGUGAAGCUAUGAUCAAAUUGGGUCGUGUUGGUGUUCUAACUGGCAAGAAUGGAGAGGUUAGAAGAUUUUGUAAUGCUGUGAAUAAUCCUAAACCAGUUCAACCUACACCAGUUCAACCAAAACCAGAUGGACCUACACCAAAACCAGCCGGCGGCUUAACCAGUCUCGGAUUAUAGAGAUCAUGAACGGUUCAUUCCACAUUUCUGCUGAUUUGAGUUUUUCAUUUUUCUUCAAGCCUUUUGUGAAUUUGAAAUUUGUGUAAUUAGGUUUUGACGCCUUAAAGGAAUGUAUUUUGAGAAUUUGAAAUUUGUAUCAUUUGAUUUUGAUGAAUGUGUUAUUUUAUUUGUUUUU